CACCGCAGCCCGUUGGCAAGAUGGCUGCGCCCGCUGCAGGCGUGUCGAGCAAGAUGCAGAAACCCGGGGGCAGCGAGGGAACCGAAGAGCGGUUGGCAGAGCCCAUCCCCGGUUUCCCUGACACCGACGCGUUUGUCAAGCACGCUCUCGGAACAGUCGUCGGCGCCACAAAGACCUCCACUGGACUCCCGCAAUGUGGGGAUGAGUACGACUUCUACCGCAGCUUUCCCGGUUUCCGGGCCUUCUGUGAAGCACAGGGGGAUCGGCUCCUUCACUGUAUGAGUCGGAUUAUGCAGUAUCACGGCUGCCGCAGUCAUCUGAAGGAUCGUGGCAAAGUCACAGCACUGGAAGAUAAAUAUGAUUUGCUGGUGGAUGCCAAUGAUGCGGUCCUGGAAAGAGUUGGUAUUUUACUUGAUGAGGCCUCUGGCGUCAUCCGGAAUCAGCAGCCAAUCCUCCCUGCUGGACUGCAGCCCCCGAAAACUAUAGUCUCCAGCUGGAAUCGAAAGAGUGACCUAUCCAAGAAAGGCAAAGCGGAGACGUUCCGACUGCUGCAUGCCAAGAACAUCCUCAGACCACAGCUGAAGUUCAAAGAGAAGAUCGAUAGCUCUAAUACCCCAUUUGUCCCAAAAAUCUUUGUGAAACCCAAUGCGCAGAAGCCACUGCCUGAAGUGCUCAAGAGCAGGCGGGACAAGCAGCAGCGUCCUGAAGACAUGGAUGUCUCCCCGGCUCUUGCCGACUUCAUCCAUCAGCAGAGAAUGAAGCAGCCUGAGGAAGACAUGUUCUCACAUCCAUAUCGGUAUGAACUGGAUCACUUUGUUCCUGUGGAGUCAUCUCUAGAAGUCCCAGAGAUCCAACUCUACCGCCCCCUUAACGAGACCCCCUUUCACUUCAUCACCACUCUGGAUGAACUGGUGCAGUUGAAUGAGAAGUUGCUGCAGUGCUCGGAGUUUGCUGUAGAUCUGGAGCAUCACUCGUACAGAAGUUUCCUGGGUCUCACCUGCCUCAUGCAGAUUUCUACCCGCACAGAUGACUACAUGAUCGAUGUUCUGGAGCUGCGCAGUGACCUGUAUAUACUGAACGAGAGCUUCACAAACCCUGCUAUUGUCAAGGUUUUGCAUGGCGCAGAUUCAGACAUUGAGUGGCUCCAGAAGGACUUUGGCUUGUACGUUGUGAACAUGUUUGAUACCCAUCAAGCAGCUCGUCUACUGAACCUGGGGAGGAAUUCUCUGGACCAUCUGCUGCGAUUCUACUGCAGUGUGGAGUCUGAUAAGAAAUACCAGCUGGCUGACUGGAGAAUCCGACCACUGCCAGAAGAAAUGCUUCAGUAUGCCAGAGCCGAUACCCACUACCUGCUCUAUAUCUACGACAAGAUGAGGACGGAGCUGAUGAAUGCCGCCAAUGGUCAGCAGAACCUUCUCCAAUUAGUCUGGCAAAAGAGCAAAGAGAUCUGUCUGAAGAGAUUUGUGAAGCCAAUCUUUACAGAGGAGUCCUACCUUGAACUGUAUCAAAAGUUAAAGAGGCAUCUCAACACACAGCAGCUGGCCGCCUUCCGCCUUCUCUUUGCCUGGAGAGACAAGAUGGCACGACAGGAGGAUGAGAGCACGGGAUAUGUCCUACCUAACCACAUGUUGAUGAAGAUCUCCGAGGAAGUUCCCAAGGAACCCCAGGGGAUAAUUGCCUGUUGUAACCCAGUUCCUCCUCUCGUAAGACAACAGAUAAACGAGUUGUCUCUUCUCAUUCAGCAAGCUCGGGAGAAACCGUUAAUGAAGUCAGAAACCAGCUCUGCAAAAAAGAAGGGCCCGAUGCCAAACCCUGAGAAAAUGGAGAAUAUCUUGUUUGGUCCUCAUGAUUUAUCAAACACUCCCAUGGGGCAGCUUCUUUUGGACGGGGCAGCUGUAGAAAUCUCAACAGGAAGCCUGUUCAGUGAGGAAGAUCCCGCUCCUCCUGCACCACACAGUCCUGUUGCUGUGCGGGCCAAGGCUGUCAUCACAUUCUUCAGUGAUCCUGAAGAAGAAGCUGAUGAGCUGAACAGACUCUCUCAGUCCCAGAUGAAGGCUAGAAGUAUAUUGGAGUCCUUUGACAACCCAUUCCGCAUGUUUCUUCCAUCCGAUAUCCGGGGUGCUCAUGCCUCCCAAGCAGCAAAGUGCGACCCCAACACAAAGAUGUUUGAAAUCAGUAACCGCUGGAAGCUAGUGAGCAUAGCACAGCAAGAACGAGAGGCAAAGGCCAAGGAGGAGGCCAGGCAGAGGAGGCAGGCUGACAAAGCUGCUCGAGAGAAGGCCAAGAUGGAGUUUCAAAGCAAAGCAGCAAAUCUGAAGUCUGUGCGCGAACAAGUGAUGGAAGAAGCUAACAAGAAGCGUGAACGAGUAGUUAGUGAAUCAGGGACUGAAACCCCAAAAGUGGGCAAGAAACGCGCCAAACACUCAGAGUCUGUGAAACCAGCAUCUCAGGCUCCAUUUACACCAUUCGACUACAGCAAGUCAGAUUUCAAAGUAUUUGCAGGCAGCAGCAAUCUGAAGAGUCAGUCUGACUUCGAUCCCAAUAAGCAAACUCAGCAAGGGAAGAAAAAUCAAUCGGCAAAGAAGGCUCACCAAGCAAUGGGAAACAAAAGCAUGUCCUUCACUGGUGGGAAAUCAAACAGGGGCUUCAGGCACAGCUGGCCUAAAAGAUAACAAGAUCCUUGUGGAGGGAGUCACGUUGGAAUAUGCCCAUAUUAUUUUCUGCAUUCUUUUGUUAUUAAAGCUUUUAAUUAGUGAA